AUGAGACUGGCCUUCGUCCUCGGCCGGUUCUGUCCACGUCCGGGCUUCCGAGCACCAAGCAGCAACACCAGCAGCGCGCGGCUUUACUCCACCUUCCGAGGGUCCUUUCGCAGCCCCGGGGCGCGACGCACACCAUGGCGGAAUAAGCAGUACACACGGUACACGCUGCGCGCGGGUGGUGCGGGCGUGAGUGCUCUGGGCACUGCGGCCUUCUUCGAGCUGUCGCAGAAGGAUAACGAGGGUACCGAUCAGACGGGGGAGAAGCGCAUGUUGGCGGUCAGCCGCUCCGAGAUCAAGAAGACAGUCGCCGACGACGAUCGCGGAGUAUCGAGGGUUUGGCACACGCUGAAACUUGUGGUGGACGUCUACAUCUGGGAGCCCAUAUGCACGGGUGUGCGGUUCCUCCAUCUCGCCGCCAUCUUUGUUCCAGUCCUCCUUGCCGUGCCAGCAAUAUGGAUCGGGAGGCGGCAGCCUGACCGGGACAAUGAGCGGAGUGGCACACUGUGGUGGUACGGCUUCCUGGUGCAAUCGAUGGAAUGGGCCGGUCCGGCCUUCAUCAAGCUCGGCCAAUGGGCAGCAUCACGAUCCGACAUUUUUCCGAACGAAAUGUGCGAAAUCAUGUCCAAACUCCACUCCAACGCCCCGGCGCACUCCAUCCGUCAGACCAAGCUCAUUGUCUCCGCCGCCUUCGACGGCCGUGACUUUGCAGAUAUUUUCGAGGAAUUCGACGAGGAGCCCCUCGGUGUCGGCGCCAUCGCGCAGGUAUACAAGGCCAAGCUCAAGGCCGACCUCGCCGCCCCCAACGCCGACCUCCCCAACGAGCCAAAACCCCUCCGUCAAAAGGUCGCCAAGAACGUCGACGCCGCCCUCAAGAGCACGCCCAAACGCGUCCCCUCGACCUACGUCGCCGUCAAGGUCCUCCACCCGCGCGUCGAGCGCAUCGUCCGCCGCGACCUGCGCAUCAUGCACUUCUUCGCCUCCGCCCUCAACGCCAUCCCCACCAUCGAGUGGCUCUCCCUCCCCGACGAGGUCGCCCAGUUCGGCGAGAUGAUGAAGCUCCAGCUCGACCUCCGCAUCGAGGCCGCCAACCUCGCAAAGUUCCGCAAGAACUUCACCGACCGCAGCACCGCCUGGUUCCCCUACCCCUACACCGAGUUCACCACCCGCAACGUCCUCGUCGAGGAGUUCGCCCAGGGCAUCCCACUCGCCGACUUCAUGGAGAACGGCGGCGGCGUCUUUCAGCACGACAUCGCUUCUGAGGGCCUCGACGCCUUCCUCCGCAUGCUCCUCAUCGACAACUUCGUCCACGCCGACCUGCACCCGGGCAACAUCAUGGUGCGCUUCUACCAAUCCGACGAGCCCGACCUCAAAUUCCGCCGGUCAACGACGCACCACCCGCAGGAGCAGAACGACGUCACCGAGCAGGUCCUCGCGCGCCUGCGUCCCUUCCGCCACCGCGCAGACCCCGCCGCCUGGGACGCCGAGCUCGCCAAGAUCGACCGCGAGGGCUUCCGCCCGCAGCUCAUCUUCAUCGACACGGGCCUCGUCACCGAGCUCAACGAGACGAACCGCCGCAACUUCCUCGACCUCUUCCGCGCCGUCGCCGAGUUCGACGGCUACAAGGCCGGCAACCUGAUGUGCGAGCGCUGCCGCCAGCCCGACGCCGUGCUCGACAAGGAGAUCUUCGCGCUCAAGAUGCAGCACCUCGUCCUCGGCGUCAAGAGCCGCACCCUCGCGCUGGGUAACAUCAAGAUCGGCGACAUUCUGCAGGAGGUCCUCGGCAUGGUCCGUGGGCACCACGUGCGGCUGGAGGGUGAUUUCGUCAACGUUGUCAUUAGCAUUCUCCUCCUCGAGGGCAUCGGACGUAGUUUGAAUCCGGAUAUGGACCUCCUCAGUAGCUCGCUGCCGAUCCUGCGACAGCUGAGCGCGCAGAGUGGCACGGAGAUGGCGAGGCAUGGCGACUUUAGCAUGCUGGUGGUGUGGAUGGGCCUGGAGACGCGACGGUUCUUGCAGGCUAGCAUCGAAGAUGUCGAGCGAUGCGUCAAGUACGAUCUCCUUUCACCAAAUGUGUAA